CCAAUCCAUGUGUAGGCGAAUCACGUGUGAAGAAACCGUUGCUCGUCAUGUCUCUGCUGUAAGCAGAGCUUUCGCGCAAGACUUUAUUCGCCUCCGCCUCAGCUUUGUUUUGACAGCUGCUUGUUUUCUUUUCCGCAUUACCCCUUUACCGAAGAAUGAGCGAAAACGAUGACAUCGAAGUCGACAGCGAUGCAGACAAGCGAGCACAUCACAAUGCUCUGGAGCGAAAACGCAGGGACCACAUUAAAGACAGCUUCCACAGUUUACGAGACUCUGUGCCUGCACUGCAAGGAGAAAAGAACUCUGUUAAACAGGCUUCCCGAGCGCAGAUUCUCGACAAAGCCACCGAGUACAUCCAGUACAUGAGACGAAAAAACCACACCCACCAGCAAGACAUCGAUGACUUAAAGAAGCAGAACGCACUGCUGGAGCAGCAGGUUCGUGCUCUGGAGAAGGCCAAGGGGAACAAUCAGCUCCAGACCAACUACUCCUCCGACAGCAGCUUGUACACCAACCGCAAGGGGAGUGCAGUGUCUGCGUUCGAUGGCGGCUCCGACUCCAGUUUGGAAUCAGAGCCCGAGGAGCCGCCCAACAGGAAGAGGUUGCGCGUGGAGCCUAGCUAGAUUCUCCUACGGACUUUUUUUUUUUUUUUUUUUUUUUGCCCACCAGCCUGAAACUCCUCUAACUCCUCUUAGCUGCGUGCACUCAGCCCUCUGCCUUCUUCUCACGUCAGUCGGGGGAAGCACGGCGGAGACUGUGUGAGAGAGGUGCUACAUUGUGUAUAAAAAAUGCUUCUAUCUUCCUAAGCAUCCUAUCACACCGCUCCUUGUGUCCCGGCGUGCACCACCUUCCCCUCCUCCUCCCACCCAAAGUGAGGCAGCUCUGCAGGUUUUGAAGGACUCGACGCUUUUCAGACCCUCGCAGUGACAUUCUCUAACGAAUGCGGUGAUGAAAAAGGUAUGAGGCGUUGAGUCAGACAACCUCUGCAAAUUCGUGGGAGGAGUUGCUCCGACAAAAAAAAAAAAUAGCAAUUGGAAAUAGUUUACCUUUUUAAUAUUGAUACUUUUUCACAAGAAUGUGAUGUCAUGCAAAAUGUGACUCCCCUUAUUCAAUGUAGGUGGCUAAAGUUUUGCAUUUUGUGCUUUGAAAAUGUUUUGUGUAAUCAAAUAAAUCCCAUUUAUUUAUAGUGAACCAUCGAAAAUUGAUGUCAAAUAUGUUUGGCUUGAGAUUUCCUUCCCAAUACCCCCACACCCAACAACUUCAUCUAUUUAUUUUCCUCUAUUUUUACUAUCUGACAAAAUAAGAGUAUAAAAAAAAAACACCUAAUCGAUAUUGAAUGUUACACAAUGCAGUUAACUUUAUUUUUAUGAACUAUGACUAUUGGUUCAGUGUCUGGUAUAUAAUCUAAUCCUAAAUGGUGUCAGUUUUGCUAUAAAAAAAAAAAAAAAACUUCUCUGGGGAUAAAAAAAAAUAUUUGCCUGUGCUGGGAACGUUUCUUUCUUUAUUUUUUCCCUUUUCUGAGAGGUAAACAACUAGUGUGUAUGUAAUCAAUAUUUGUUUGUUCCAUUCCAUGGAAAUUACAGGUAUGUUGUACAUACUGCCAACGGGUGUCUUGCAAGUUAAGACAUACCUUUGUUAUGAGACUAUAAAUAAAACCUUUAUCCUUA